GGUCCGGUUCAUUAUGUCUCCGAUCGCGCGAUGACCGACCGCGCACCAACGACCGCGUACUAAUAAUAUAAGAACAUCUCACAUUUCUCUCCGGCGAGAUCGUCGCGACGUGUGCGAGCGCGCGUUUUUAAUCGUUCGGACUCUCUGCAUAUCCGGAUGAUAUUCGGUUGUUUUUAUUUUUUUUUUUAAAUUAAAUUAAAUCUCAAAGGAUUUUUCACUCGAGACCUGCGAACCGUUCUCGUUUGGGUCUCAACCCUCCAGCCUGCUGCGGUCCGGCGCCUUUAACCGGAAAGAGUUCCGAGUUGACGAUACAGCACGCGCGUCGGCGUUUCAAAAGGAUACGCCAUGGAUUUCCGAUUGACACAGAAGUGUUUUGUGUGUCUAUUGUUGAUAGCCACUACGAAUGCCGUGAUCAAUUCUGGCGCAAAUGACGAGAAGUCGCCGACUAGAAGGGAUGCAAGUCUUGGCGUACCAUCAGAUUCGUACGGUGCACCAACUCCUUCGUUUGGUGCGGUCCAGAUUAACUAUGGACCACCACAGCCUUAUAUUUCAUCUGAUUUAAAAGCACCUAACGUUAAUUAUGGUCUUCCGUCGAACUCCUACGGUCCACCAAAACCAAUAUACGGGCUUCCAAAACCUAGUUUUAAACCUUUAAAACCAGACUAUGGACCACCGCCGCAAGAUUCAUACGGGUCGCCACCAAAACCAGUAUAUGGCGCUCCACAAGUACCAAACUCCGUGUACGGUCCACCAUCUGGUCCACCAAGUCCUUCUUACGGCGUUCCAUCAGUGUCUUAUGCUAAAGGGCCUCCGGGUGUACCAUCUCCGCCAACCCCACCUCAUAUAUCUUACCACGGAUGGCAACCAAUUCCGGGUGUAUCAAUCCCGUAUAUUCAGAAAAACAAUGGUUAUGAACAAUCGUCCUUGGGAACUGCGUAUGGUCCACCACUACCUCAAGGAGGAGGUUGUUGCAAUAAUAAUAUUAAUUCCAUAGAUACUUCUUAUGGAGGUUCACCUCCACCGGUUUUACCGGCAUCAAAUUUGGACUAUGGUCCACCUAAAGAUGGAAAUUCUUAUCAUGGAAACUCUCACGCUCAGUCAUUGACAAGUUUAUAUAAACCACCACCAAUCAUACCAGACACCAGUUAUGGACCUCCAUCACCUUCAAAGCAACCAUCUGAUUCCUAUGGUCAAUCUAAACCAGAAUACAGUCCAACACCCAUCGAUUCAUAUGGACCUCCACCCAGUGGUUCUUAUGGACCCCCUCCAAAAGAUUCCUACGGACCACCACCUAGUGGUUCAUAUGGUCCGCCACCUAAAGAAUCACAUGGACCACCACCAAGUGGUUCUUAUGGACCACCUCCAAAAGAUUCGUAUGGACCACCUCCAAAAGAUUCGUAUGGACCCCCUCCAAAAGAUUCUUAUGGACCACCACCCAGUGGUUCUUAUGGACCCCCUCCAAAAGAUUCGUAUGGACCACCUCCAAAAGAUUCGUAUGGACCCCCUCCAAAAGAUUCCUACGGACCACCACCUAGUGGUUCAUAUGGCCCACCAUCUAAAGAAUCACAUAGACCACCACCGAGUGGAUCAUACGGACCCCCUCCAAAAGAUUCGUAUGGACCUCCUCCAAAAGAUUCUUAUGGACCACCACCUAGUGGUUCAUAUGGACCCCCUCCAAAAGAUUCCUACGGACCACCACCUAGUGGUUCAUAUGGUCCGCCACCUAAAGAAUCACAUGGACCACCACCAAGUGGUUCUUAUGGACCACCUCCAAAAGAAUCACAUGGACCACCACCUAGUGGAUCAUAUGGGCCACCUCCAACUGGAUCAUAUGGACCACCUCCAAAAAGUACGUAUGGACCACCACCAAGUGGAUCCUAUGGACCACCACCUAAAGAAUCACAUGGACCACCACCAAGUGGAUCGUACGGUCCACCUUCGACUGGAUCGUAUGGACCCCCUCCCAAAGAUUCAUAUGGACCUCCACCAAGUGGAUCCUAUGGACCACCUCCAAAAAAUUCUUAUGGGCCACCACCCAGUGGGUCAUAUGGACCACCUCCAAGUGGAUCUUAUGGACCUCCUUCUAAACCUUCAUACCACACACCUGAAAAAGGGUCACAUGGACCGCCACCAAGUGGAUCAUACGGACCACCUCCAUCUGGAUCAUAUGGACCACCUCCCAAAGGUUCAUUUGGACCUAAACCAAGUGGAUCUUACGGACCACCUCCAAAAGAUUCUUAUGGACCACCAAAAGAAUCUUACGGGCUACCAUCAAUUGGAUCAUUUGGUCCACCUAAAGAAUCAUACGGUCAACCAUCAACUGGAUCAUUUGGUCCACCGAAGGAAUCUUAUGGUCUACCAUCAACUGGAUCAUCAUUUGGGCCACCUAAAGAAUCAUACGGUCAACCAUCAACUGGAUCAUUUGGCCCACCGAAGGAAUCUUAUGGUCUACCACCAACUGGACCAUCAUUUGGGCCACCUAAGGAAUCCUACGGAUCACCUUCUAAGCCUGUAUAUAAUCCCCCACCACCAAGUGAAUCAUAUGGUGCUCCAUCUAAGGAUUCAUUUGGACUUCCUCCUCUUAAGGAAACAUAUGGAAUUCCUUCUUUAGGUUUUAUAGAUAAUUCAUUACAAAUACAAUAUGGCUCACCGUCAGGGUCUUCAUACAAUGGACUUCCUCCAGAAGGAACAUUCGGUACACCCAUAGCUAUCUGUUGUGGUACACCCCCACCAGAUUUAGCGUCACAAAAGCCUGCAGACUCUCAGUAUGGAUUAACCUAUGGACAAGCAUCUGGAAGGCAAAUACCUGGGCCAAAUCUUCAACCAAAAAAUCCAGUAAAAAAUAGGGCACCAGUUCCACCGGGUCUUGUAGAAUCAACACAGUAUAAUAGUUUCCAAGGCGAACCAUACAUACCACCUCCAGUUCCAGAAUUACCAGCUGCUGGAAAUGAUGCAUAUGCUGCUUCAUCAAGUUCUACAGGUUACAGUAGUACUAACAGUAACCCAGUCGUAGAACAAAGUCCAAUAGUUUCACAAGAUCAACAACAGUAUAACAUCCCAGCUACACAAGAUACACCAAAUAAUGGUUUAUACAAUCAAGGACAAUCUACAUCGUACGCUAUACCGGCUCCCGAAUCUUAUCAGCAAAUAACACAAACAGUUUCAGUAAAUGAACCUAACAGUUAUGUUCAGCCAAAUCAACUUUUAUUAUCAAAUAUUGACAACUAUGGUACUCCACAACAAGCAUUUGAUUUAAAUCAACAAAUUGAAGAAAAUAAAAAUAAUCCACAACCGAGAGACGCAGAGAACAAUUUACAGCAACCAGGAAAUAAUAAUUAUCAACAGCAACCAGGAAAUAAUAAUUAUCAACAGCAACCAGGAAAUAAUAAUUAUCAACAGCAACCUGGAAAUAAUAAUUAUCAACAGCAACCAGAUGGAGUGGAUGUUAACGAUAUAGUUAAGUCAUUAGGUUUAGAAGGAUCCUCUGUUGUCGGUUCAAAAUCUGUUGAUAUAAAUGGUAUACAAGAGUAUCCUGUACAAGGGUCUACUGGUAACUACAUGCUCCAAAUCCAACCAGGCCAAGGAGGUGGUGAAAACGUAGCUCAUGAUCAAGUACUUUCUAAUGGAUUACUUCAAGAUAUUUUGUCAGCCAUAGAAAACCAACAGAAGUCAGAUAAUUCAUACGAUAACCAACCACAAGGGUCAGAAGUACGACAAGUCUCAACGGCAGCGACCAACACUAGUACUGAGUGGCCAGAAAAUUCUGCAAUUAAAAAUCAAGAAAUGGCUCUAUUCUAUAGCAUGAGAGACGGGAAAGGAAAAUCUACGCAAGGCACGGAAACACUUCCCAACGAAAUAAACCAUUUGAGUGUGAACGAGGUGUCGAAUGGAAACUUCGUUUCAUACAAGUCACCCAAAGUGAAUUAUGUAUACAGCGACUCAUCACCUCAAGCUGUAUCACAGGCAUAUCCACAACAAUCGACUCCCAAGACUGAUGAAAGCUCAACCGAUUCGUUGUCGAGUACAGGAAAAUAAUUAUUAUAGUAUAAUAGACUUAUGUAUGUACAUACAUACAUAUUAUAUAAUACGUUAUUAUAUAUGAAUAUUUAUAUAUAUAUACUUUAUAGUUUAAAAGUAAUCCUACUAUUAUAUUUGACAGUUCCAACUCCCCAACCUUUGGUUGCAUUCAAAUUGACAACUGUAAUAACUAAUAAUACGUAAGAAAGUGCUCGCAUUCAUAGAAACCGUCAUUUAACUGGAAUAGCGUAUCGCAAAAAAAAGUAUUGUGCUUGCAUCAGUAUGGACAUUCACGUACAAAAGCGUUCUAUAAUAAUUGUCUAAAUACUUUAUUAUCUUGACAGGGUAAUCGCUCUAUUAUUAAUUUAUAUUGACGACGUAGUUACCAAGCACAGAUUUAUUCACGACUAGCUUAUCACGAACUCGAAAUAAAAACAUCGUGCCUUAUUUUGUUUUAAAUCGUGAACGACGAAUAUUUUAAUCUAAAAAGUGAGAGUAUACUUGUGAGUGUAAGGUACGACAGAUAUAAAUGCGAAUUGUAACACAAUAAAAAUAGUACAGAAAGCCAUUUUGGAUAUGAAAAUUAUUCACGAGAUUACUUCGUGUUUUGAAUGCAACUGGAUGUGUAUUUUUGAUGAUAAAUUAAAUGAAAUCGUUUUGUUUAUCAAAAAAAUUGGAGUGUUAAAUUAUUAAUAUAUAUUUAUGUAUAAAAUAUAUUAUACUUUAUUUAAUUGAGUAUAUAUAUAUACAUAUAUUAUGUAAUACCGUUUAGCACGAUUGCCACUACCAAGUGCCAUAGACCAUUUUAUUAUUGUUAUCAUUAUUAUUAUUAUUAUAAUAAUAUUCUUAAUGUAAAAAUACCAUACAUUUGUUUUUAAAUCAACAGCAAUAUUCUUUGUGUAUUAUUUAAAAUAUUCAAAAUAAUUUACUUUUUUAUUAUAUGCUUUAACUUAAAAAUUAAAUUUUUUAAAUUUAAAAUCUUUAAUUUUAUAUUUUAUUUUAAGUAUUCUAUAAUAAGUUAAUGCAUUAUAGUUUGUAUUAAUUUUUAGUGUAUAAUGUCUAUUGAAAUACUGUAUAUAAAAUUAUGUAUGAAAAUGUAAACUAUUUAAUAACAAUAUAUUUGUGUUAUUUAUACUUA